UCUCCCUCCGGUGCCGAGCCCGGAGGCAGCGCAGAGGCGGCGGCCGGGGGGCGGCGGGGCGGUGGCGGAGGCAGCAGCGCGGAUGCCCGGCCCGCUCCAUCCAGGAGGUGGCAGGGACCUUAGCCGGGGGGUCUGGGCACGGCUCACCCGCGGGCUGGCAGCAGUGGAGAGCAGCAGAGGAACCCCCAGGGCACCUCCCACCCCCUCCCACCGUGUAUGAGGCUGGGACGCAGCACGCAGGACCCGCGGCCGCAGAGACCUCCCUUCCGAUGUCCCGGCAUGAGACUUCUCCGACCACAGUGCCACCUGCCAGCAACCAGCGCCCCAACGCCUGCUGCUUCUGCUGGUGCUGCUGCUGCAGCUGCUCCUGGAACGAGGACCGGGAGCGAGCGUGGAGGGCGUCCCGGGAGACCAAACUGGAGACCAUCCCAAACUGUGAAGCGUGCAGCAAGCCCACGCCGGAGGAGGCGCGCGGCUGGGCGCAGUCCUUCGAGAAGCUGAUGAAGAGCCCGGCCGGGCGCAACGUCUUCCGGGAGUUCUUGAGGACUGAGUACAGCGAGGAGAACAUGCUCUUCUGGCUGGCCUGUGAGGAGCUGAAGGCAGAGUGCAACAAGCACACCAUUGAUGAGAAGGCCAGGGUCAUCUACGAGGACUACAUCUCCAUCCUCUCGCCCAAGGAGGUGAGCCUGGACUCGCGGGUGCGGGAGGUGAUCAACCGCCGGAUGCAGGAGCCCUCCUCGCACACCUUCGACGACGCGCAGCUGCAGAUCUACACGCUGAUGCACAGAGACUCCUACCCCCGCUUCCUGAACUCUGCCAUCUACAAGUCCCUGCUCCACAGCCUCUCCCGCUCCUCCUCCGAGUCCUAAGGGCGGCGGGC